AUGGUCACAGCUACAGACGCCACUCCAAAGAGUGGCACAGGGAGUCUGUCUAAGAGGGAACAGAAAAAGGCAAAGCAAAAUCAAAACCAAGAGGUUGAAGCUGAGGUCAAGGUGCGAGAAAAAGACAAGAAGGAGAAAAAGGAUAAGAAAGACAAGAAGCAUGCCAAGGAGCAGGAGGACAAGGCAGACCAGACGAUGGCAUCGGCAGAACGUGCACCACAGACGGGCAUCGUGCCCACACCCAAGGUGAGAGCAGCAGCUGAGCCCUCAAACGAGGUGAAGGCACCAGAGAAGAAAGACAAGAAGGAGAAAAAGGAUAAGAAAGACAAGAAGGAUGCCAAGGAGCAGGAGGACAAGGCAGACCAGACCAUGGCACCGGCAGAAAGUGCACCACAGAAGGGCAUCGUGCCCACACCCAAGGUGAGAGCAGCAGCUGAGCCCUCAAGCGAGGUGAAGGCACCAGAGAAGAAAGACAAGAAGGAGAAAAAGGAUAAGAAAGACAAGAAGCAUGCCAAGGAGCAGGAGGACGAGGCAGACCAGACGAUGGCAUCGGCAAAAGGUUCACCACAGACGGGCAUUGUGCCCACACCCAAGGUGAGAGCAGCAGCUGAGCCCUCAAACGAGGUGAAGGCACCAGAGAAGAAAGACAAGAAGGAGAAAAAGGAUAAGAAAGACAAGAAGGAUGCCAAGGAGCAGGAGGACAAGGCAGACCAGACCAUGGCACCGGCAGAAAGUGCACCACAGAAGGGCAUCGUGCCCACACCCAAGGUGAGAGCAGCAGCUGAGCCCUCAAACGAGGUGAAGGCACCAGAGAAGAAAGACAAGAAGGAGAAAAAGGAUAAGAAAGACAAGAAGGAUGCCAAGGAGCAGGAGGACAAGGCAGACCAGACCAUGGCACCGGCAGAAAGUGCACCACAGAAGGGCAUCGUGCCCACACCCAAGGUGAGAGCAGCAGCUGAGCCCUCAAGCGAGGUGAAGGCACCAGAGAAGAAAGACAAGAAGGAGAAAAAGGAUAAGAAAGACAAGAAGGAUGCCAAGGAGCAGGAGGACGAGGCAGACCAGACGAUGGCAUCAGCAGAAGGUGCACCACAGACGGGCAUCGUGCCCACACCCAAGGUGAGAGCAGCAGCUGAGCCCUCAAGCGAGGUGAAGGCACCAGAGAAGAAAGACAAGAAGGAGAAAAAGGAUAAGAAAGGCAAGAAGGAUGCCAAGGAGCAGGAGGACAAGGCAGACCAAACGAUGGCAUCGGCAGAAGGUGCACCAGAGACCAGUGGAGUGGCACAACCAAAAGCAGCAGCAGCAGCAGCACCAGCAGCAGCUGAGCCCUCGAGCGAGAUGAAGGCAUCAGAGAAGAAAGAAAAGAAGAGCAAAAAGAGCAAGAAAGAAAAGAAGGUAGAGGCAUCCAAUGAUGCAGCUGGUCAGGAAGAAAACACAACAGGGAAAGCAAAGGAAGCACUGCAAACAGUGCCUGAGGUCACAGAGCAGGUACCAGAAAAAAAUGAUGGGAAGAGACACAUGGCUGAGACAGAGCACACAGCAAUGAAGAGGAAAAAAAUUGAGAAGGUGUCAAGGAAAGCAAAUGCUGGCACAGGUGAGUCGCCAGAAAAGAAAAGGUUCAAGCCAGUUCGUGUUGAGGCAGAGUCUGGGAGUGAUGUUGAGAAGGAGUGGGAGCCCAGACCCAUUGCUACGCCUAUGCAGAAGAUUGAGCCCACACGGACCAUGGAAAGCUUAGACCUGUUUCGGUCUUUGUCGGAUUCACAGCUUAUGAGCCCAGCCAGUAUUACUGGCACUGUGAGUGGAUCCUCAGCAGCGGCAGGGACACCUGCUGAGGUUUCGGAACCUCGUGCCAAAAAUGGUGGUGUUGCUCGCAGAACUGCCCUGACAGAAGCCGAGAAGGAAUCCAUCGAAAACAUGAGUCAGCCAGCAGAUAUGGAAGAGUCGGAGCGUAAGAGGCAAUACUCGGCUUUGCGCCGAGCUGUGAACCGGAGCUGCAACCCUGCUUUGGUCAUGAAGAUGCAGAAUUGCAGUGACACAGAGAGGUUUAGCAUGUUGAAAACAUGGCUCGUUAAUGACAGCUUGGAUUCGAUCCAUGUUGAAGAGCGAUAUGUGAAGAUGGUUGAAGAAAGCCGCACUGACCGCUAUAUCACCAUGACACUUUUCCAGCUUGAAAAAAAAUACGGAACUUCGAGUGAGGCCCAAAAGUUCAUUGCUGAUUUGAUCAAAGGCCAGACGGGUACUCCACACCCACAAUCCGACAACCCCAAAGCUAAGAUGUACAAGGUCCUUGCGGAGAUAGUAGAGGAGAAGGGUGAGAAAACCCGGGGUGAGUCAAAUUAUGCUGUGGGUGGGCGAGUGAGAUCGGAGGCUGCCAAGAAAGCUGUUGCCAAGGCAAUUGCCAAAAAUGUGAACGAUCUUGACAAUAUGGGGUUGGUAGACCUCAAGACUGGGGCUAUCAAGUCCAAGCGAAAGGGCAAGUCAAAGGAGAAGUCCCCUGAAGAAAUGGCUCUCAAAGAUGUGAAAGCAUAUGUCGCCAAGUUCCUAGCCCUGCACCCACAUGUUUUUGUUAUUCCACACAUAUCCAUACAGCUAGCUGGAAUUCAAAUUGUAGUGAACUUAAUAUUUUCACAUCCCAGGUUGAAGAAAGCUAUCAAUGAGCUUGAGUCCAAGAUCGUUGAGAUGGGCGAAUUACAGAUCCCAAACAGUUCUGAACUGGUUCCCUGA